AUGGUCUCGAGAGUUCUUGAUUGGCAGCAAUGGUUUCGAAAUUAUCUGUGGUCAUGUAGUGACGACGUCUUCAAAUGUAUUGUACAUCAUCUAUUAUACAAGGUUUCAGUUCGAGGAUGUCGUCCAGGAAAAACUGUAACCAUGACGGAAGCGGAAAUUCGUGCGUUGUGCCAUAAAUCUCGCGAGAUUUUUCUAUCGCAACCAAUUCUUUUGGAACUGGAAGCGCCGCUGAAGAUUUGUGGUGAUAUUCAUGGCCAGUACAACGACUUGCUUCGUCUCUUCGAAUACGGUGGUUUUCCUCCCGAAGCCAAUUAUCUGUUUCUCGGAGACUACGUAGAUAGAGGCAAACAGAGUCUUGAAACAAUUUGUCUACUGCUUGCAUACAAGGUGAAAUAUCCAGAAAACUUCUUCUUACUCAGAGGGAAUCACGAAUGCGCCUCCAUUAACAGGAUUUACGGUUUUUAUGACGAAUGUAAACGUCGGUUUUCUAUCAAGCUUUGGAAGACGUUUACUGAUUGCUUCAAUUGCCUUCCUAUUGCGGCUCUUAUUGAUGAAAAGAUUUUCUGUUGUCAUGGUGGUCUUUCUCCUGAUCUACAAAAUAUGGAACAGAUACGGCGCGUAAUGCGACCAACUGAUGUUCCCGAUACAGGUCUUCUAUGUGAUUUACUUUGGUCUGAUCCUGACAAGGAUGUUACCGGGUGGGGCGAGAAUGAUCGUGGAGUAUCAUUCACAUUCGGCCCAGACGUUGUCGCCAAGUUCCUCACUCGACAUGAUCUCGAUUUGAUAUGUAGAGCUCAUCAGGUGGUGGAAGACGGAUAUGAGUUUUUCGCAAAGCGGCAAUUGGUGACGCUCUUUUCGGCUCCCAAUUACUGCGGAGAGUUCGAUAAUGCUGGUGGUAUGAUGAGCGUGGAUGAGACGUUGAUGUGCAGCUUCCAGAUUUUGAAGCCGUCCGAAAAGAAGGCGAAAUACCAGUACGCUGGCCUGAACAGCGGACGGCCAGCAGUGGGUGGAGCGAGACCCGUGGGAAAGAAAUAA